AUUUAUUUGCAAAUAAAUAGCUUUUCUACCCCAAAUUUGAUAAAUACGUUUUAUCAACACUGUUACAGUUAAUAAUGUCAUUAAUAGGUCAAACAGAUGCGCUGCUUUCAUUUGCACUUACACAGUCCAAACAUGCUUUGGAAUGAGACCACUGAAAUGUGCUUUAGAGGAUUUUGCAAUUGCCUGAUUUUCUGAAGGACAAACGCAUGGUAUCACAUAAACUGCUCGGUGUUUUACAUAAAAUGUUCCAUUUUUUUAAUUAAAUAAAGGUAUUUCAAUCAUUAAUAACGAAACUGCAGACUCGCAUACCUUUUGUUUGCUGCUAGAACACCAGAGGCAGUGAAUUUAUGAACCAAAAACGCAAAGGGAGUAAAACGUAACGUUUACAGAGCAAAAUGAGGAAUAUAAAGUGCAUGAAUUUUGAAUUACAACAAACAACAGACAGAAAAGUAGGUUAAGGCUUUGAUAAAUCUGCUUACAUCUGAGGCACCUGAUAGGACAGUGAGAAUUCAACAUUUGAUUGGCUAAUGGCAUUCUAAAAAUGUGUCCAAAUAACUUAGGUUUGUUUUUCUUUCUUUUAUAACUAUUUUAGUUUAGUUUAAAUCUAUGCAAAUGAGUGAAUUAAUAACGUUCACAUGUGCUGUAUAGCCAGCAAUAAUCCUAACACUUUUUAAAGUUAUCAAACCUACAGAAAUUCAUCGCAUGGACAGUUCUUAUUAUUCUACUUCGGACAAAAUACAUUAUACAGAUAUUUAUAUUGUUAGUUAAUAUAAACGCGCGUUAAUAACUUGCAUUAGGGAUGUGCUAUAAUUUAACAGCAAAUAAACCAUCGCGUUUUGAGAUCAAUUUCCAGUUUGUCUCUGUAGAAACAAUACAGAAGUCUAUUCAAACAAGUCAAAUUAGGACAUGCCAAAGCUUCAGUAUAUUUCUUCAUCAACUGUUGUCUGCGUUGUCCCGUUUCGUAGGAGGAGGGAUCUAAAAGCAAGAGCAAGGUCUUAAGUAGAACGAAGCCCUAUAACCCGACAACCUUGGCAGGCGAAACUAUUUUCACGAACUUAGAUUUUUUGCAGGCACGCAGGAGGUCGAGGCUGCUGUCAUUUCUCCGGCCCCAUGCAUACCGCAUUUAAUUAUUGUUGUUCCCAGGGUUCUCGAGCUGUGCCCAGCUGACAGGCUUUCAAAGAUGGCACAAUAACAGUUCCAGUGAUGCCUGACCAUGACAGCACAGCCCUCUUAAGCAGACAAACCAAGAGAAGAAGAGUUGACAUAGGAGUGAAGAGGACUGUUGGGUCGACAUCUGUGGUUUUUACCCAAGAAAAAGCAACCUUUUUUAGUGUCAUGAAUCCCCACGGUUCCGAGCAGGAUGUCGAGUGUUCAGUGGUGCAACACGCAGACGGUGAGAAGUCCAAUGUGCUUCGCAAGCUACUGAAGAGGGCGAACUCCUACGAAGACUCUAUGAUGCCCUUUCCGGGGGCGACCAUCAUCUCUCAGCUUCUGAAAAAUAAUUUGACCAAAAACGGUGGCAGUGAGCCUAUUUUCCAGGGGAGUGGCCUGUCAAGCACCGGUUCAGAGAUCCAACAGGAGGAUGCUUGCAGCAAUUCCUCGCGGGGUAGCCCUCAGGAGUGCCUUUCGCCGUUCAGCAGGCCCUCCAUGACCCAAUUUGAAAUGGAGAGGCUAACGGAUGAGCAUCUCAGGGCCAAACGAGCCCGGGUGGAGAACAUCAUCCGCGGGAUGAGCCACUCGCCCAGCGUCACGCUCCGCGCCGGCGAUAACGAGCGAGAGGGGGUGGCCCAGCCCCCUAGUCCUCGUGAGAACUACCGGGAGAACAAGCGCAAGCAGAAGCUGCCACAGCAGCAGCAGCAGAGUUUCCAGCAGCUGGUCUCGGCCCGCAAAGAGCAGAAGCACGAGGAACGCCGUCAGCUGAAACUGCAGCUGGAGGACAUGCAGAAGCAGCUUCGGCAACUGCAGGAGAAGUUCUAUCAGAUUUACGACAGCACUGACUCGGAGAAUGACGAAGAUGGAAACAUGUCCGAAGACAGCAUGCGUUCUGAUGGAAUGGACAAUCGUGCUCACGACUCUGUCCCAGACCGCUCCGACAACGAGAUGUCUGACAUGGAUCCAGGGCACUUCUUGCAUCGAGCACGCGCACUCAUUCGCGAGCAGACCAUGGUGGACGGCGACAAGCCCAAACGCGACGGGUCGCGAGGAAAGAGCCAGGGACCAACCACCAUGCACGCAGAGGGUAAACGGUUAGCCGAGACGCUAAAGCAAGAGCUAAACACAGCAAUGUCCCAAGUGGUGGACACAGUGGUGAAGGUCUUCGUAAAGCCUCCACGCCCAGUUCCUCAGGUUUUCCCACCCCUGCAGAUGCCCCCAGACCGCUACGCAGUCAAUGGAGAAAACCCAAACUUCCAUACUGCCAACCAGCGCUUGCAAUGCUUUGGUGAUGUCAUCAUUCCUAAUCCCCUGGACACUUUUGCCAGUAUGCAGGUGCCUAAUUCAAAUGACCAAACAGAAGCCCUGCCUUUGGUAGUGAGAAAGAGCUCCUCAGAUCAGACUGGAUCUCUGCCCACACCUGGGGGUCACCACCAUCCCUCACUGCACCCCUCUCCUUUAUCUUCUACAAUGGGCUUUAGUCCCCCCUCCUUCCGCCAUCCUUUCCCUCUUCCUCUAAUGGGUUACCCUUUCCAUAGCCCCUUAGGUGCCCCAACAGGGCAUUACCCAGGAAAGGACAGAUCUUCUCCUGAGUCUCUGGAUCUGUCCAGAGAGACCACCAGCCUACGGACCAAGAUGUCGUCCAACCACCUCAGUCACCAUCGUUCUAUCUCGCCAACACACCCGGGCAACGAAGGCUUGUCUUUGUCCCUCAUCAAGUCAGAGUGCGGAGACCUUCAGGACAUGUCCGAUAUCUCUCCAUAUUCAGGAAGUACAAUCCAAGAGGGGCUUUCUCCGAACCAUCUGAAGAAGGCCAAGCUGAUGUUCUUCUACACGCGCUACCCCAGCUCUAACAUGCUGAAGAUAUUCUUCUCAGACGUGAAGUUCAACCGCUGCAUCACAUCUCAGCUGAUCAAGUGGUUCAGCAACUUCCGUGAGUUCUACUACAUCCAGAUGGAGAAGUUCGCACGCCAGGCCAUCAACGACGGUGUGACGGGAGUCGAAGAGCUGAGCGUCAGCCGAGAAUGCGAACUUUUCCGCGCACUCAACAUGCACUACAACAAGGCCAACGAUUUUGAGCAGGUUCCGGAGCGAUUCCUGGAAGUGGCACAGAUCACAUUACGGGAGUUUUUCAAUGCCAUUGUGGCAGGCAAAGAUGUUGAUCCUUCCUGGAAGAAGGCCAUAUACAAGGUCAUCUGCAAGCUGGACAGCGAGGUCCCAGAGAUUUUCAAAUCUCCCAAUUGUCUGCAGGAGCUUCUUAAUGAGUAGUGAUUUCAAUUGCUUACCAAGUAUAAGCCCUUCUUUUCCCGAAUCUUUAUGAAGUAAGAGGUAGCAUUCCUAUUUUUAAACCCCAGCUACUUUUGAAUGACUUAGCUGUUAAUUUUUUUGUGUUUUUUGGGGGGGAGUCUAUCAAAUUGAUUGUUUUGACUGUAUUCGAUCCCCCUCCUAUCCUUGCCUUUGAUAUGGGCAUUACAAUGUUUACCACAUGAUGGUUAACAAACGGAACUGACGCCCUGAUUUUUCUCUCUUUUAUUGGUCGUUUUGUUGAGAGUUUUGUUUUACCCUAGGAUGUUUGCCAUGUGUGAUGGUUUUACUAUUGCUGAAUACGACUUGCAUUUGUAGCUUGUAUAGAUGUAAUUAUUAUUUAUGAUUAAUAUAAUUAUUACCAUUAAUGUUAUUAAUGCUUGCUGCAAAAAAAGGAAGGAAAAACAAAAAAUCGACAUGUGAUAUUCUUGUUUCUCAUGGCAAUGCUACAUAAAAUAAAUUAUUCUUUGGACAAAAAAAUAAUACUAAUAAAAAGGGGUAUACAUUUUCUAUGUGGGGAAAUUCAUAUAUAUGAUAUAAAUAUAUAUUAUAUUUGUUGUUAUUCUUGAAAGAAACACCAUUAAGUGUUUUUUUUGUUUGUUUAGCCAUUCAAGCCAUUCUGUCUUGGCUAGGGUCCAAUGUUCGUGUGUUUUGUGUCCACAUUGAUAGCACUGGCUCUAGGGAGGGAGGCCUAGUCGUAGGUUUUUCCUUGACGGAGCAGCCUCUCCUGUAACUAAGCAACAUGGCCAUUUCAUACUGGGGCAAGCCAGUGCGGCACAAAAAGAUGGACGCCUUCCCACUGAGAAACCAUUCUCGCUCAUAAAAAGCACACUGUCAAAAUUGCUAACAUAAACACACGCGCAUACAAACAAAUACCAAAAUACACAUCCCUCUCAUGCGUAUAACACUCAGAAUUGUUGGGGUUGAUUUUCUCCACCUGCUAGCCUGGAACACCUCUAUAAUUGGACUGUAAAUUCUGUAGAUUAUUUUGAAUUUGGUGCACAAUACAGAGAAUAAUUUGAGCGUGGCACAAACUGAAACUUUAUUUUUUCUUUCUACUUACUGGAUUGUACAUAAUUUGUUAGACAUGUACAGGUUUGCUUAAUAUUCACAAUCAUGAAUGGAGCUAUGGCAGUGUACAGUUUAUCAGUAGUAAAAUUUUCAUGCGAGUUUCAUGCUAGAGAGACUUUGUUUGAGGAGUUGUACAUUUAUAUGACAUAAAUUCACUGAAGUUGUCUUUUUAAAAACAUUUACACUAGUAAACCAUUUCCAUGACAUGUCCCUAAUAGCAAAGAAAAACUGUUUGUUAAAACAGUGUCCACUAAAGAAAAUGAAGCCUUUAGACACAGAAAUAAGAGUUGGCUGUAGAGGGCAAGAGCCGGAUAUGUGAUCUGCUCUGGAAGAACCCGUGCCGUUUGCAUUGGGCAAAUCCAGCUGAUGAAUUGAAACGCAGGCCGGCAAUUAUUGUCAGCACAAUGCCUUAAAAAACCUGCUGACUUCUAGAUUAAUGGGCACAAAAGAGCAUGAGGUGCUGUCAUACUGUCGCCAGGGCUGGCAUCAUCCACAGCCCCCGGACUAGCAAAAACGGCAAGCUUUUCACUAUGCAUUGUUAAGAGGAGGAAAACAAAUCCUAAACAAUGUUAGGAGUUGAUCAAAGGAAGUGUUUGACCCUGUUCUAUUCUCUAGUCUCUUUUACGUGCAUGGUGAGAUGAAUAAACAGUUCUUUAAACUUGUAAGAGAUUUUGUGUGUGUGGUAUAGUGAGAGGCCCUAAUUUUUAUUUCAUUGAUGACAUUUUGCAACAUUUCUCAGCCGGUUGUGUCAUGAGAGAUUUGAAGUUAUGCAAAAAAUGUUGCUUAGUUAUAUUCGGCUGAUGCUGAGUAAACCUCUGUACAAGCAGGCGUUGUGUAUACUUUACACACUUAAUGAAGCGUAUAAUUGCCUGUACCUGGAUAACACCAGCUUUUCAUACAAAUUGUUAUAAAUAAAUAAACAUAUAAUGUUACUAAAACAAUACAGUUUAUGUAGUGCCAUAGGCCAUUAUAAAAUGUAAACUUUAGCACAAAUUGAAAUGAAGCGUUAUAUUUUCCUAAUUUGAAACAAGAUGCACUCAGCGAGCUUUUGGAAAAUAACAGUACUUACUUUCAUGGCCCCACUGUGUACCCAAUUUCAUUGGAUGUUUAAUACUUGUAAGACUUUUAACACGGCACAGAGACGGUGUGCAGAAUAGGUGUGAGUGUGUGAGAGCGAGUGUUCGGUUUUGCAUGUUUGUGUGAAUACACAAAUGAUAGGAUGUUAGUUUUAGUUCCCAUAAGAAGUAAAAAAAUAUCUUAUUUAUUGUUUCUUUUUAAUGUUUUGUUUUAUUUGUAUUUAUCACUGUACUACAUUAUUGACCAGACCAGAGGCAGGUUACAUUCAACAUCUCAACUCUUUACUUGAUGUAAUUGUUAUUGUAUUUUUAGAAGUGUUAUGAUAUUUUCAAUGUUUUGAAGUUUGGUUGGCUGUCAGUCUGAUGGUUUAUUCAUAUUUUGCUCCCCUUCUUCUCAGCUCUACUUCAGGGUUGCAGUCAAUAUAUUAAUCCGCUAACAGAAAUGAGACGGAUCUGUUGUUACACAUGGUCAUUUGCUGUGUUGCUAUGUGUUAGUCUAAAAUCCUACAGUAAAUGUUGCAGUUUAAGUGUACAUUUCGCACUCCAUUAAGGUCAAUUGUUCUGGCAACCCUACACGCCAGCUCUCUGAAACAUUUUAUUUAGGUUGAGGUAUACAGUACACAUUCAUCUCACCAUUGGUCAUUUAUCAUAAUUUUAGCUAUUUUGAUGAAAUUGAAAAUCCGUCAUGUGAUCACAAAUCUGUAAAGAUCUGAAUCAAUUGCCAAACAUGGUAUGGGACUGUUUUUUAUUACACUGAAAGAGAAGUUACAAAGAGAAAGAAAGAAACUUUGCAUAUGACUAUAUUUCUGGGAUGGGAACACUUAUUUGUAUUGAAUGCAAUGUGUUGUACAAGAAUCUUGACUCUUUGUAGAUUUGAUGCUGUAUUUAUGAGGUGUGUGCUCUCUGUAGGGUUUUGAACAUGGUUUCACUGGCUUAAAGAUGUGUGUAAAUACAGACAAAAAAUGAAACACUGCCUUUCUAUGAUUUAGCAAUAUGAUGUAAAUAGCAUUGUUAUGCUUUUUUGUAUGAGAUAAUUCUUUGAUUCUAGUGUAAUUCCAGCUGAAACUGUUACGAUUUUUAUUUCCUACAUUUUGAAGGAUGCUCACAAUGACUUAUUUGAUCUGUACACAUACAUUGUCAGCGGAAUAGCAUUAUGGAUUUUGUUGUCAAUUUGUCAUGCAGAAGUUUCAUAAUUUAUUGGUUUAAUUUAUCAUAAUUUAUUUGGUGAUGGUGUACAAUUUUGGUUUUUCUGGGGAUGUAUUGUAAUAUUAUUUGGUAGAAUGACACAACAUAACGCCCUCCUAAGGUCCUUAACUCUGUUGAGACAUAAAGAGACACUUAUGUCCAGGUAGCCAUUGUAAUUUCAGACACUAUAGUCAAAGACACUUGAUGAUGAAAAAAAGACAAAAAAAUGAGAGAAAAAGAAAAAUAUGUACAACAAAACUUUUCAUCUCUUGUUUGGAAGGUGGAACAAAUGUGUAUUUUGAAGUUUUUAUUUCUAGUCACUUAAUCAGACUUUUACCUUUUGCUUUUUACCACCUACAAUACAGUAGUCAAAGUGCCUCGUGUGCCUUCCAUCUCCUCGGAAACUGAAUGUAUGUGCAGUAUAUAUGCAAGCUUGUGCAAAAUAAAAUCCAAGUCCUAGA